GAAAAAAAGAAACAAAGUAAAAAAAGAAAAGAGAGAGAGUAGAGAGAGAAAGAGAGGGAGUGCUUUAAAUGCCUCACUGACUCACCGUUGCCGGAAACUUCAAUUCCUUCCCCCCACCUUUCUCGGCGGCUUUUCUGGCCACUUGGUUCUUUUAAGCCAUUUCUCCUCCCUCCUCCGCCGCAGGAAGCCCCCAUUCCGUCGGAGUUGCGUAAAGCAGCAAGAUUUCCCGACUACUGCUUGCUUCACUCACAGAUCGAACACUUUGAGCUCUUUUUCAGUACAUUUCUCCUCUUCUCCUUCUUCAGUUUUAUAGCCGCAGUUCCAGAAAGUGUAUUCCUUUUCCUGCUGCAGUAUUUCAUUUUUUUUCGUUACUGUAUUCUGUGGACAUUGGCUUUUGAAUGACUAUAUAUCUUUCGCUCUUAAACUAGUGCUUAGUUGCAGCAUCUUCCUUUAGCUUUUAGGGUUUUUAAUUUGAUAAUGUGGGUCUGAUUCCGCGUCGUUUUUGCAAUUUUCUCUGGUUAUUUUGGUUCCUCUAUUUGAGCCUUUCAGAAGAACAGGGCUUUCCGUGUUAAAUGCGGUUUUCGAAAAUUUUUUGAUAUUGGUGAAUGCAACAUAUAAAUAAAUUUCCUGAAUUCUAGCUUUGAGAAAGUUUUAUUAAACUUGUCCAGAGAGAAGUAAUAAGUCUUGACCAACAUCCAUACUUUGAAAGUGUGGUAAAAUAAUUUUGAAAUUCUUCCUAUUCUCGCUUCGUUCCUGGAUGGAAAUUUGAAAGGGGGAACCUUUAUAUUCUGGUUUAGCUGGGGAUUGGAGGAAAUGAGAAGGCUAUUUGGUGGUCUGCUACUCUUUGUUCUUUUUGCUGUUCCAUUGCUUGUGAAUGGUUUGAGCCCAAAUCUCAAUGAUGACGUUCUGGGGUUGAUUGUCUUCAAGGCGGAUGUUCAAGACCCCCUCGGGAAAUUAGCUUCUUGGAAUGAAGAUGAUGAUAGUCCCUGCAACUGGAAAGGGAUUUUCUGCAACCCCAGAUCCAAUAGGGUCUCUGAGCUUGUUCUUGAUGGGUUUUCUCUUUCCGGCAAAAUAAGCAGAGGCCUUCUUCAAUUACAGUCACUUCACAAGCUUUCCCUUGCUAACAAUAACCUCACUGGCACUCUCAGCCUCAGGCUUGGCCAACUCCCAAACCUAAGGACUGUAGAUUUGAGUGGGAAUAGUUUUUCUGGACCUAUUGCUGGUGAUUUCUUCCAGCAAUGUGGGUCUUUGCGGUCAAUAUCCUUGGCUCAAAACGAGUUCUCAGGUGAGAUUCCUCAAAGCCUGAGCUCCUGCUCAAUGCUUGCUUCCCUGAACUUCUCUUCCAACCAGUUCUCAGGGCAGUUACCGGCUGGAAUAUGGUCUUUGCUGGGGCUUAGGUCGCUUGACCUAUCAGAUAAUUUGCUUGAGGGUGAGAUUCCCAAGGGCAUUGAAGGAUUGAACAAUCUGAGGGUAAUAAACUUGAGUAAGAAUAAGUUGGUUGGUGAAAUUCCUGAUGGGAUUGGGGGUUGCAUGCUGUUGAGGUCAAUAGAUUUGAGUGAAAAUUUCUUGACCGGAGGGCUUCCCAACUCUAUGCAGAAGCUUAGCUUGUGCAAUGACCUUAGUUUGCAGAGAAAUGCAUUUACUGGCAACAUACCAGAUUGGGUUGGGGAAAUGAGAAGCCUCGAGGCUCUGGAUCUCUCUGCAAAUAACUUCUCUGGGGAGCUUCCAAAUUCGUUAGGCGAACUCCACUCAUUGAAGGUCCUGAAUUUAUCCCGAAACACCUUCAGCGGAAGCUUCCCUGAAUCCUUGAGCAGCUGCGCAGACCUUCUUGUUUUAGAUGUUAGUCAAAACUCUUUGAGUGGUAAGUUUCCUUCUUGGGGUUUUAGAUUGGGUCUACAGCAACUUGUGGUUUCAGAAAAUAAAUUAAAUGGAAGUUUGGAAGAUGCUUUUGCUUCAUCAAUGGAAAAUUCUCGGCAAAAGCUUCUUCAUUUGGAUAUCUCCCAAAAUGCUAUAUCUGGUGGAAUCCCUUCCGCUUUCGGUGAUCUAAGCAGUUUGCAAGUUCUGAAUUUGUCUAGAAAUUUGAUAGUUGGGUCAAUUCCAAACAGUAUCGACCAGUUGAAAUCAUUGGAUACAAUGGACGUAAGCGAGAAUCAGUUGAAGGGUGGCAUCCCCUUUGCAAUUGGAGGAGCUACUUCCCUUAAGAAACUGGUGAUGGAUAAAAACUUUCUGGACGGGAACAUCCCAGCAUCCAUUGGCAACUGUUUGCAGUUAACUUUUCUGUCUCUCUCGCAGAACGAUCUAACUGGUCCUAUACCAGCCGCUAUAGCACAGCUUGUCAAUCUUCAGCAUGUAGACCUGUCUUUCAACAGACUCACUGGACUCCUACCAAAGCAACUGGCAAAUCUUGGCCAUCUCGUUUCCUUCAACAUUUCACAUAAUCAACUGCAAGGUGACCUACCUGCUGGUGGAUUUUUCAAUACUAUAUCUCCAUCUUCAGUAUAUGGUAAUCCAGCCCUUUGUGGGGCUCCAGUCAAUAGGACAUGCCCAACAGUUCUCCCGAAACCCAUCGUACUCAAUCCUAACUCUACUGAUUCAAGUCCGGGUUCCAUGCCUGAGAAUUUUGGCCAUGAAAAGAAAAUCCUCAGCAUUUCUGCCCUAAUUGCCAUUGGGGCUGCCGCUGUCAUUGUUGUUGGUGUGAUUGCUAUAACUGUGCUCAAUCUUCGUGUACGGUCUUCUGCAUCUCCAUCUGCAGCUGCUCUCACAUUUUCUGGUGGCGACGACUAUAGCCAUUCUCCCAGUACAGAUGCCAACUCAGGCAAACUUGUUAUGUUUUCUGGUGAUCCUGACUUCAGUACAGGAACUCAUGCUCUCCUCAACAAGGACUGUGAGCUUGGACGUGGUGGAUUUGGGGCUGUCUACCGGACUGUUCUUAAAGAUGGGCGUUCAGUUGCCAUUAAGAAGCUUACUGUCUCCAGUCUUGUGAAGUCUCAAGAUGAUUUUGAAAGAGAAGUUAAGAAAUUGGGGAAAGCCCGCCAUCGUAAUCUUGUUACUCUUGAAGGUUAUUACUGGACCUCAUCACUGCAGCUUCUUAUCUAUGAAUUUGUUUCUGGUGGAAAUUUAUACAAGCACCUUCAUGAAGGAUCUGGUGGAAGCAUCUCAUGGAAUGAGAGGUUUAAUAUAAUUCUUGGAGCAGCCAAAAGUUUGGCUUAUCUGCACCAGAUGAACAUAAUUCACUAUAACUUAAAGUCGAGCAAUAUCCUAAUUGACGGCGAAGGUGAAGCUAAAGUUGCUGAUUACGGCUUAGCCAGGCUGCUGCCAAUGCUGGAUCGAUAUGUUUUGAGUAGCAAAAUUCAAAGUGCACUCGGCUACAUGGCACCGGAAUUCGCUUGCAAAACUGUUAAGAUAACUGAGAAGUGUGAUGUUUAUGGGUUUGGCGUUCUUGUUUUGGAGAUAGUUACUGGGAAAAGACCAGUAGAGUACAUGGAGGAUGACGUGGUUGUGCUAUGUGACAUGGUCAGAGGAGCACUGGAAGAAGGUAGGGUGGAGGAGUGUGUUGACGGUAGGCUGCAGGGGAAGUUUCCAGCAGAGGAAGCAAUUCCAGUUAUGAAACUCGGUUUAAUAUGCACGUCACAAGUACCCUCAAACAGACCCGACAUGGCAGAAGUGGUUAACAUUUUGGAGCUGAUUAGAUGUCCUUCCGAAAGCCAGGAUGAAUUGGCAUAGCGUGCAUUUUGAAGAUGGUUCAAUCGGGGAAAAGGAAUCCGGUUGGUAAUCUAACUGUAGGGAAACAACUUCUAUUAGAUAUUCUUACUGCCUUUUCUUUUUUGGUUGCUCUUCAACUCGUGGUCCUAUUGUGAUACCUUCUUCAUGUUACAUUCAAUUACCGGAUUCCUUUUCGCCGGGUUCCCAUUUGGUACCCUGCGUAAGAAAGAAAGAUGUUAAUUAUCUCUCUUGUUAGCUUCUUGUUUUAAUCCCUACUUUUCAAGCUGCGGAUGCUGCAUUCACCAUCUACUUUUGUUUUCUUGUUCAAAAAACCAGAUAAGUAAGAUAUGGAAUGCAUAGAAUAUAUACUCUUCAAAUGCCAACAAGAUGAUGACACCACUAUAGACACAAUAGUAGUUGGCUGUGUUGGAUUUAGUCAGUAUUUAGCAGCGCCUUUAUAUUUUCUUAUGACUGCAACAUCUCAGGGGCACAAUAGAGACAGUGUAAUCCAAGUUGUAUGUAUCUGUACCUCUGUAGUAUCUGUAUGUACUUAUAUUUAGCAAAAAGUCAAGCUUGGAUUCGCUCAAGUUUAAAUCACCAAACAAACAAUUUGAUGUGUCUGUGUGACUGUGAGUGACAGGUUGGAAGAAGAAGAAUAAUUCUUAGAUUUAAGUCAAAAGUGAGU